GACAUAUAAAACUCGAGAAGUGGCGAGGCAGACUCUAAUUAAAAGUAACCAACAUGCGUGUCUUCUUCUUGAUCGCGACAAUUUUUGUCGCGGCUGCUCUCGCCGUCGACCAUGAAGUUUUGCCUUCUUUACGGGGAAUGCAGAGUAUCUCCAUUUCGUACCAGACACCCGAACAAUUUUCCUUCCUGAAAAAUUUCAUGGAUACUCCAGGAUUCGAGUUUGUGAAAACCACCUCCGACUUGGUUGACGUUCUAGUGACAGGUGACAAGGUGGAAUCGUUCAAACAGCUUCUCGACGAGGAAAAUAUGGAUUACACCGUGAUGAUCGAGGACGUCGAGGAAAUAGUGACCGAGGAAUACAUAACGCAGGAAGUGGAGCGCAGGCUGAAAUCAAGAAUUCAAGAAGACUACGCUUCCGGACGAUUGAGCUUCACUUAUUAUCCCAAGUAUAACGAGGUGAACGAAUACUUGGACUAUUUGACAAAGACGUACGGUAACGUAGCGUCGUUGAUCACCAUAGGUAAUUCGUACGAGGGGCGAGUGAUGAAAGUUUUAAAAUUGUCGACCGGUGGCAAGAACAAGCCCGCCAUAUUCAUCGACGGUGGAAUUCAUGCCAGGGAAUGGAUCGCCCCCGCGACAGUCCUUUACAUGGUGGAUUUAAUGCUGUCGAGUCACAAAGAUCUGUUGAACAAAGUUGACUGGUACGUUCUACCAGUUUUAAAUCCCGACGGCUACGAAUUCACGCACACCAAGUCUGCGAAUCGAUUGUGGAGGAAAACGAGAUCCCCGAAUAAAGGCUCGAAUUGUGUAGGCGUCGAUGGAAACCGAAAUUACGAUAUGGGAUGGAUGGAGAUUGGUGCGUCUAACAAUCCGUGCAGCGAAACGUAUGCUGGGCCUAAAGCAUUCUCCGAAGUGGAGAAUCAACAUCUGAGAGAUUUUAUUCUGGCACGAAAGGGGCAGUUCAAGGCUUACCUUACCUUCCACUCUUACGGUCAGUACAUCCUGUAUCCAUGGGGCUUCACAUCCCAAGUACCUUCUAACGAACCAGAAUUGCGUAAUCUUGCCAGUAGUUGCGCAAAGGCAAUCGCUAAAUCUCGCAAAACCCAAUACACUUAUGGCACCUCUGCUAAUCACCUGUAUCCGGCUGCUGGUGGCAGCGAUGAUUGGGCCAUGGGCAAAGCAGGAAUCAAUUUGUCCUACACUUUCGAGUUACCCGGUGGAAAUUACGGAUUUCUGUUACCAGCAUCUGAGAUCAAAGCCGUGGGCACCGAGACGUUCGAGGCUAUCAAACAAAUUCACCAAUAUGUCACCUCGAAAUACGCUUCUCGUUAAAUCGUGUAAUAAUCUGGAUCAUAUCACAACGAGCAAACUAUCGCCUUUACAUCGUGUUAUUCGUAUCGUGAUGAGCAAUAUAAAUCUCAGGAUAGAUUAAAGUUUAAAUGAUAAUUUCCAUUUUAUAUUAAAAUCAAUGUGAUUCACGAUGAUGUAAUUUUUAUUAUAAACUGUUCGAUUGAAAUUCAGAAUUAUACAAAUUUAAAUAAAAAGAAUAAAGAUAAAUUUAAAUUCA